AUGGAAAUACGUUGUAAAGGUGGUACUGGUCACGGUUCUCGUUUUAUUGAAAAUACUGCUGGAGAAAAAGUUCAAUUUAUUCUUAGUGAAAUAUUAAAAUACCGUGAAAGCGAAAGACAACGCUUACUCAAUGAUAAAAAUUUACAACUUGGUGAUGUCAGUACCGUCAAUUUGACAAAAAUGUAUGGCGGUGUACAACCAAAUGUUGUUCCCGAAUGUUUUUCACUAGUUUUUGACUGUCGACUAUCAGCAAAUAGUUAUGAAUCAUUUAAAGCAUUUAUCUAUGAUGUAGUAGAACGAGCACCAAAAAAAAAUAAAAAUGAUGUUGAAGUAAAUUUUUUAGCUGAUAGUGGUCCAUUAACGCUAACCGAUAUCUCUACACCAUCAUGGUGGUGGACAAAAUUUAAACAAGCAUGUGAUAACAUAAAUAUCAAAAUAAACACUACCGUAUUUCCAGCAGCCACUGAUAGUAGAUUUUUGAGAAACAAUGGUUAUCCAGCAUUGGGAUUUUCACCGAUGAAUAAUACACCGAUAUUAUUGCAUGAUCAUGAUGAAUAUUUACAUCAAGAUGUUUUUUUACAAGGUAUCAAAAUUUAUUGUGAAAUAAUUGUAUCUAUAAUAAUUAACACAAUGGUUGUAGCUGUAGUGUUACCGUUGCCAACAGCUCAAUUUAAAUCUGUUGUUGAUGCGCAUGAUUAUUAUGUUGAUAAACUAGAAAAAGGUGGUACUAAACGAACUCGACAAUUUCAAGUUGAAUUAGUAACAUAUCAACCGUUAAAUGGUUCAACAAAUAUGGUUCACGUUUUAUCCCAUAGUGAAUAUCCGGCAUCGUGUUUUGCCGUUACUGAUACACGACAUGUUUUAGUUGCCGAUCAUACAUUCAUGUCAUUAAUGAAGAAAUUAAAAACAUUGAAAGCAUAUGAUUCACGUUUACCAAAAAUGGAUUGUAAAGGAACACAUUUUGAAUAUCAAGAUUUUGUUAUUAAUAUUGGAACCGUUGCCUAUUUACCUACCAAUGAAAGUCGUGAAGGUUAUUCAUUGAUACAAGAAUUGUUACAAUCCUUAUUGGGUGUGUCAAAACAAAUUAUACAAAAAUCUAUAACAGAGCCUUUAAAAAAUUGGAUUUCAAACAAAGAACGAAAAGAAUUUGAUUAUUUACCAUCUUUAACAAUGAAUCAAUAUUUGGAUAUUUUAUCUGGAAUGAGAAAACAGCCAAAUGAAUAA